CGAGGACCCGUGGCGGGCGGCGAAGAUGAUCAAGGGGUACAUGCAGCAGCACAACAUCCCGCAGCGGGAGGUGGUGGACGUCACCGGCCUCAACCAGUCGCACCUCUCCCAGCACCUCAACAAGGGCACCCCGAUGAAGACGCAGAAGAGAGCCGCCCUCUACACGUGGUACGUCCGCAAGCAGCGGGAGAUCCUCCGGCGUAACGAGGACCCGUGGCGGGCGGCGAAGAUGAUCAAGGGGUACAUGCAGCAGCACAACAUCCCGCAGCGGGAGGUGGUGGACGUCACCGGCCUCAACCAGUCGCACCUCUCCCAGCACCUCAACAAGGGCACCCCGAUGAAGACGCAGAAGAGAGCCGCCCUCUACACGUGGUACGUCCGCAAGCAGCGGGAGAUCCUCCGGCGUAAGGCCGAGUGUCUGCAGCGAGGGGUGUCUCCCUCCAAGGCGCACGGGCUCGGCUCCAACCUGGUGACGGAGGGCCGCGUCUACAACUGGUUUGCCAACAUCUCCGUUUCGGGGGGCGGGCUGCCCCCGGUGAGCACCCUGACCAACAUCCACAGCUUGUCCCACCACAACCCGCAGCAGUCCCAGAACCUCAUCAUGACGCCGCUCUCGGGAGUCAUGGCCAUCGCACAGAUGUACGCGCACAAACAGGAGCCUCCCCAGUAUUCCCACACCUCCCGCUUCCCCUCGGCGAUGGUGGUGACGGAUACCAGCAGCAUCAGCACGCUGACCAAUAUGUCUUCCAGUAAGCAGCUACCCCAGACAAAAACUGGAAGCGCAAAGCUGGAAGAGGACGGGAGGCAUGAAGGCUGCUUGGUCCCUUUCGUGCAGACUCGGAAGUGA